CUCGGCUCCACCGGGGAGAUGUUUCAGGGGUUCCCCGGAGACCCCGACGCCGGCUCCCGUGGAAGCUCAUCUCCUUCUCUUGAAUCUCAGUACCUGUCGUCCGUGGAAUCCUUCGGGAGUCCGCCCACCACUAGCGCACUGCAAGUAAGUCACAGUAGGCUAUUUAUUUAUUCACAUUUUAACAUCGUGUUUGUCCGUGCAAAGAACCGUUUUGCUAAACAGCGCGGCAGCUGCGAGAUUUCCUUUUUUCUGUUUGAGAAGCGGAGCGACGUUGCUGAGGGAAUGCAUUUGAAUUCGUUCGAGUGUGUUUAGAGGUGUGUUAAGUCGGAAUAGAAAUCAUUAGAAUACUGACAAGUCAGCAUGCCCGCGUAAUCAGGCGGUUAGCAACGUGGUGGGUUUACAGCACGUCGCGAAACAGAUGACAAAGCUGUGGAACUCUCCGACGUUCUCGCACGAAGCUCCGCCCUGUGCUCAGUGCUGCUGCUAUUGCUUCUCAGACUUCUGCGUGACGUCAAUGCGUUCUAUUUUGGAGUGUUACGUUGCGUUGCUAAGGGGAACACCGGGGGUGUGACGGGGGCGGAGGAACAGGGACGGGAGGGGGGAUUCGAGGGCGCUUAUUGGCUACGGCGUAUAGCGUGCGCCUUUGCCUAACACGCUUUUAAAUGAAUAUUAAUGAAACAUGGAACUCACACUGGCAUCACUGGGCCUUUUUUUGUUUUGUUUUCUAAAAAAAGUAACCGUACCAAUAUAGAUUUUUCUUCUAAAUAUGUUUUAAUAGCUAUGUACAGAUUGGUAAAACGUAAAAUGUAUUGUGUACUUGUAUUUGGACACCCAUUUGUUGGUAAUUUGUUGGAUUUCUUUUUAAAACAACGUUAAAACAUUCAAUUCUGAUAAGAAUCCAUGUCUUUUUCAUAUUUUUGCUGCUUUUCAUUAUCCUUACUCUUUUUUUCUGUUUCAUUAGUCUGUUAUUUUUACAUGGAGGAAGAUACAGCUUUACAGCAAGUGGAGUGUGUAUCAACCACUGGCGUGGUAGGGGUGGGUGGAGGGUCGACCAGCACCGGGGCAGGGGUGGACAUGCCCAGCUCAUUUGUGCCCACAGUGACGGCCAUCACCACCAGCCAGGAUCUGCAGUGGAUGGUGCAGCCCACUCUCAUCUCCUCCGUUGCACCAGGGCAAAGCGGCACAGGCUCCAGCACCAUGACGCAGCCUGUUGCUUUGGAUCCUUAUGACCUGCCAGGCACAAGCUUUUCAUCUGGUGGAGGCUUCACCCCACCAAGCUGUGAUACUCCUGGCCCAGUGAGACAAUCUCGGAGCCGUCGCCGUGCACGGGAUGAAACAGUGAGUGAGGACCAUGACAGCAUGCUGACAGCUGAGGAGGAGGAGAAGAGACGUGUUAGACGAGAGAGAAAUAAACUGGCUGCCGCUAAGUGUAGGAACCGACGGCGUGAGCUCACAGACAGGUUACAGUCGGAGACAGACAUGUUGGAGGAGGAGAAGGCAGAGCUUGAGGCUGAAAUAUCAGAGCUGCAAAAGGAGAAGGAGCGCCUGGAGUUCGUCCUGGUCGCCCACCAACCCGGUUGCAAAAUUCCCUAUCAGGACCAGCCCCCCGCGCCGCUGCCGCUGUCACUGCCGCUGCCACUGCCGCAGACGUCCCAGCAGAUGCCUUCUGUCUCCGUGGUGGGUUUGACUGUGAAGGAGGACACUUUCUACCUGCCGCCUGCCUACUCGUCCCACCACCACCACCACGUCCCGGUUUCACAGCCCACGCAGACACAGCCGGCCCCAGCACAACAGCAGCAAGGGAUGAUGCAGGAGGUAGCCUUUUCUAGUUCUUUCUAUAGGCAGGGCCAGCCGGCGCCGGACGGCCCGUGCCUUGUUGCCGACGGUGGCGGUAACCCUGACGCCGGCAGCUACAUCCCCUCAUACACAUCUUCAUUUGUGUUCACCUACCCAGAGGGAGCCUGCGGGGCCAGCGCUAACCAGCGAACCAGCAGUAGCGAUCAGUCCUCUGAUUCCCUGAACUCACCCUCGCUUCUUGCACUUUGAGAGCUCUGCGUCUCUCUGCCUCUGCUUGCCUGUUGACAGCAACACAUGCACACAUACAAAUUCAAACAUUAGGUAUUACAUCUCUCCGGCAUUGUACUGAUCUUUUAGAUUAAAGCCUUUCGAUUUGAAACCGAGGCCCAGAUGCAUUAGCAUCUGAGUGACUUCAUCAAAUGAUGUAAGUGUAUAUUAAUUCACAAUGAAUUCAGGCUUAAUAUCAAGAUGAGUCAAUAGCCCAUGCACACACACAUACACACUUAAAUUGUCAUAGACAUUCGAAUCCGUUUGACGUACAGUAACAAUAAAAGCACAUCAGCGCACUCCCCCUUGCUUUGAUCUUUUCUCGUUCUGGCUUACAUUGGUGUAUCAUCUCCCUCCUUCUCUCUCCAUCCAUGCCAGGUGCCUGCUGUGUAUUUGUCUAAGCAAAAAAGGGGGCACAGAACUGCUUUGUGGGUUUGGUUUUUCGUUUCCGGCGUCCUUGCUACCCUUUUUUUCUUCAUCCAGUUCAUCCACACCUCUUCCUGUGACAAAAGGACAUGACCACACACUCUAUAGUACCUAUCUGUCUUUUUUUUUUCUCCCUCUGUUGUCCAUCUCCACAUCUGUUUCUCCUCUCUCCUGUCUCUAUGUACCUAUGGUUCUCUCUGAAGUCUUCAGCCCCUGAGAGCCCGUUGGACCCUGAAAACCCAUGGAACCUUGAGUGAGUGCCAGCCCACACUCCGACACCACAAAUCCCCUUCGCACGGACCCCGGCCCAUGGUGGAACCUCAAAAUGAGCAGACAUUUCAAAAUACCGAAAACCAGCCAGCUUCAGCACGCAGAUCAAAUGCCAUCUCAGAUGCCACCACACUGGCUAAAGGAACGGGACUCUUUAUUUCUCCUCAGCAUUGAGGAUUUGAUUUUGAAUGAGUGGAGGCACACUGGCUAGACUUUGGCAAGGCCAGUGGAGGAGUUUUGGAGAGCCCUUGUAAUGUGGAGGUAGGAGAUGGCGAGAGUAUUCACAAGACCAUGCUCUACCUGUCAUCUCCCGCUGAUCCCCUGAGAGCUUUCACACAGUGUUCAACCUUUCCCCUUUCUUGAGGUGUUUGUUUGUUUGUUUCAUUCUGUGUUUCAAUGAUAGUAUUAACUCUGAUCUCAAAAGUGGCUUAUCUGAUGACAACAUAAAAUGUGUUUGAAGAGCAUUAUAAUGAGCAACCAAAAAAAAAAAAAAAAGGACAACCUCUUGGUUUUGGAUGAGUGGUCUCUGUGCUUCUAAAAGUCCUUGACAUAGUCCUUGAGUUGUGGAUGUGGUUAAGCACAGCUCUAGGCUUUGAUUGUGAAUGGAAGUCACAGAGUACUACAUCUCCAGUUGAUUUCUUUCUUUAAGGGGGUUGUUGUUGAUGAUUAAAAUGGAAAAAAAGCACAAAUGCCAGCUGUGGACGGAAGGAACACGAAACGGUUGCCGACCUAAAGGACGGGAUGUGCUUUUGAAUAUGAACCGUUUACUUUCCUGUGAAUGUUUUUGAUGUUUUGAGUUACUGAUUUUUCAUGAUGCUUUUUCUCUUUUGCUCUUGAUUGUGCCGUUGCUGCCAAAUGGAAGAAUUUUGUGGGGCUGUUAGCUGCUCCUUCUAUCUGUUACUGUUGUCUUAAUGCAGUUAUCACAGAUAUUGUUAUUAUGGUUAUUAUUAUUAUUUCAUAGUUAUCUCACGUUGGCAACUAAAAAGGCAUGUGGUGCACUAUGAACAUUUUCUAUGGCUAAAACUAUAUAUAUAUAAAAUAUAUAUAAAUAUAUAUUAUGUAUGCAUACAUAUAUUCAGUGUGUGUAUAUAUAUAUAUAUAUAUAUAUAUAUAUAUAUAUAUAUAUAUAUAUAUAUAUAUACAAUGAUUGUAAUGUAAUGUUGAAAAUGUUAUUUUUGUCAAUGAAGAGAGAAGGGAGAGCUUGAUGCACUUGGUUUUGUUUUAAACAUAGAUAUUUUUCUAAAAGAACAAAAAAUAUAUAUUAUAAUAAACAAUAACAGCACACAUUUUCAUUAAAAUGAAAAGCAUUGUCACUGCCUUUCAUUGUAAUAUGUAUGAUGACUGUAUUGAAACUGUGUUGCAUAUAGUGACACAUGUAUCACAGAUUUGUGCUGUGCUUGAUUUGUCAAUGAGGUUGGUUCCACAGCCUUUGUUCAUCAACCCCUGUGGACAAAACACACUGGACACACAUAUCUAUAAAUGCUUAAAUAAAUCAAUAAAUAUGCUAAAGAAAAAAAAGACGAUAUGAAUUGAGUGUCUCAAUGUAUUCUAGAUGAACAUCUGAUAUUCAGCUGUGUUUCUCAAGCAGUGGAGUUGCAUUGAUUAACCAUGUCCAGUGUGUGCUGUCUGCCCUUUGGCUUUUAUGUGUGUGUGAUAUUCAGGGCUUGAUGGACAACUUUCAACCAGCCCUUAUUAAUUCAUGUUACGGACAUGAUCAGAAUAUUAUGCAUGUCGACGUCAUACACAGAAAGGAAGUAUUUUACAAUUAGAUGAGGUCUAUUGUUCUUAUUAACUUUGGCUUCAUUGUGUGGAGUAUUUGAUGGGGUGGAAAUGAUCAUAUUUGUACAGUUGUUUAAAUCGAAAUGCCUUUAAAUUUAUAUACACAGGUG